AUGGCUGAUCCUAGGCUUGACGUGAAGGUCGCUCCAUUUCACCCCAAGCGUGAUCCAUGGGAGAGAGGUCCGGAGAAACAGCUGGCCAGGGGACUGUUGGGAUGUUCUGCUGUCUCAGGAAAUGUGUCACAGCACGGGCGACAUGUGGACGGGCAUUAUCAUUGCAGUGAAGGAUAUUAUUCUGGUUUCGGCUAUCCCGACGGCUACUACAGCAUCCAGCCAACGUCUACAUCUACGCCGUUUCCGGUGAGAUGUAUCAUGGGAUUUAAUGGAAGAACAUUUAUCCAGUACCGUAUGGAAACACCAAUUGCCACUGUCGACUUCAACCGGAGUUGGGCAGAAUAUCGUGACGGUUUCGGGUUGACCGACAAAGAUCACUGGCUGGGACUGGAGAAGUUGUACCACAUUUGUAAACCUCGGACCUUUACACUGAAGAUUGAAAUGAAAUUUGGUGAUAAUUCUUUCAAGCAACAGUACUACUACAACUUUUACCUUUCAGACGAGGCAGAUGGUUAUCGUAUGUACUUUUCGGAGUCACGUGGCAACAGAAUGAGACCAAUAGGAGACUGUUUAACUCCGCUAAAAGGUUCUGCAUUCAGCACAUACGACAGGGAUAACGACAAUGAUGCCGGAAGUUGUGCCGUCAAAUACGGAAGCGGAUUUUGGUUUGACGCAUGCGCAGAGUGUAAUCCCAAUGGUCGUCUGCUUCGUCCACUGGACGAGAAACGAACAAAUGUUUCGUCAGAGGUGUUCUGGACACAUGACCUUGGGGACAAGGUACCCUACAGAAUGCAAAUGUGGCUGACGGUCUGA